CUUGACUUUCUCUCUCUCUUUCAGCUUGGAGCUGUCGCGGCUUGACUCUGAGCAUGUCAUCCCAGCCGCUCCUCCCCAGCAACCACCCGGAGCACAUCGCUUCUGUGAUUGCAUCCAAGCGGCGGAUCCUCUUCACUACUAUCCUCACGACUGUGCUUCUGAUAGCCGGUAUCAUCUUUGUUUCUGUCAAGGGCGAGGGCGUACCCAGCUCGAAAGAUCCUCUCAAACUUGCAAACUACUAUCUUAAGAGCUCUCCUGUCAUCGAUGGACACAUCGACUUGCCCAUAUUUGCCAGAGCGGGGUUCGGCAACAACAUUGAUAAUAUGGAUCUCUAUGGAGAUUUGAAGAACCGCUACGGUCUGAUAUCCCACCUCAACAUCCCAAAGGCCAGAAAAGGUCACUUAGGAGGAUUCUUCUGGUCUAUCUAUAUAGAUUGCCCCAAAGACGCUGGGCCGGAUUUCUUGACUCCUUACAAUGGUCCCCGAGAUACGCUCGAACAGAUUGAUGUUGCUAUGAACCUGAUGGAUAAAUACUCUGAUGUGUUCCAACUUUGCAAGACUGCAGAUGAGGUUAUGGAAGCCGUUGCCAGUGGCAAAAUCGCAUCCUUGAUGGGGAUGGAGGGAGCUCACUCGCUCGGCAACUCCCUCGGAGCUCUGCGAAUGUUCCACGCGCUCGGAGUUCGAUACAUGACCUUGACGCAUGGCUGUAACAAUGCUUUCGCAGACUCCGGAGGAAUCUUCCAGCCGGUGACUCCACACUGGGGAGGUCUGUCGGAUCUUGGAAAAGACUUGAUCUUCGAGAUGAAUCGACUUGGAGUCUUCAUUGAUCUCAGCCAUGUCUCAGAUCAGACCGCUCUUGAUGCUCUGUCCAUCACUCGUGCUCCCGUCAUUCUCUCCCAUUCGUGCGCCCGAGCCUUCAAUAACAUUUCACGGAACGUUCCAGAUGAGGUCCUCAGCAAGCUCGGCAGAGGCAAGCACAAGGUCGAUGGUGUCGUCAUGGUCAACUUCUUGCCCACCUUUGCCGCUCCAGGAGGAGUGGGUGUGGACGUCAAGACUAUUGCAGAUCACGUGGAAUACAUCGCUAGCAAGACCAGUAGAGAUCACGUGGGUAUCGGAAGUGACUUUGAUGGCAUCGACGCAGUACCCCGUGGUCUCGAGGAUGUUUCGAUGUAUCCUAACUUGUUCGCCGAGCUUAUCACUCGAGGAUGGAAGCAGGAUGAGCUUGCGGGUCUGGCAGGAGGCAAUCUGCUGCGUGCUAUGCGCGGAAUGGAAGCCACGAGCCUCAAGAUGAAGCAGGAGGGAAAGAAGCCCAGUAUGGCAGUUUAUGCGAAGCGAACAGACUUAUAACUCUGGACUGUUGGGAAACUCUGCAGGGAUAGGGGCAUGCAAAAUUAGUCGGCUCCAGAGAAGCA